CUUUCGUGGAAUGCGGCAACAUGGGCGUGUUUGACCGCGGAGUUCAGAUGCUGCUGACCACGGUGGGGGCCUUCGCUGCCUUCAGCCUCAUGACCAUCGCCGUGGGGACAGACUACUGGCUGUACUCACGCGGCGUCUGCAAGAUCAAGAGCAACAACGAGAACGAGACCAGCAAGAAGAACGAGGAGGUGAUGACGCACUCGGGCCUCUGGAGGACCUGCUGCCUGGAAGGUUCUUUUAAAGGCAUGUGUAAGCAGAUAGAUCACUUUCCUGAGGAUGCCGACUAUGAGGCAGAUGCUUCAGAGUACUUCCUACGCGCUGUACGAGCCUCCAGUAUCUUCCCCAUCCUGAGUGUGAUCCUGCUCUUCAUGGGGGGGCUGUGCAUCGCCGCAAGCGAGUUCUACAAGUCACGGCACAACAUCAUCCUCAGCGCCGGCAUCCUCUUCGUCUCUGCAGGUCUGAGCAACAUUAUAGGAAUCAUUGUGUACAUAUCAGCCAAUGCUGGGGAUCCUUCCAAGAGUGACUCCAAGAAGAACAGCUACUCCUACGGCUGGUCCUUCUAUUUUGGCGCCCUCUCCUUCAUCAUGGCUGAAAUGGUGGGCGUGCUGGCUGUGCACAUGUUCAUCGAUCGACAUCGGGAGCUGCGUGUGGGGGCACGAGCCGCCGAUUACCUCCAAGGUGCAGCCAUCACGCGCAUCCCAAGCUACCGCUACCGUUAUCGACGCCGCUCGCGCUCUUCGUCCCGCUCUACGGAUCCCUCGCACUCUCGCGAGGCAUCGCCAGUGGGCCUGAAGGCCUUUGGGACGCUGCCCUCCACUGAGCUGUCCAUGUACACGCUGCCCAAAGGCCAAACGGGCACCCCGACAGCCACCUAUAACUCCACGGAGAGGGACCACAACUUCCUGCAGGUCCACAACUGCAUCCAGAAGGACCUGAAAGACUCAGGUGGCCACAGCAACACCGCCAAUCGGCGCACCACACCUGUAUGAAAAUGACACAGACACUAAGAGAAGUCAGAGGAACUCUGGGGGGAAAGACAGCUCAUGGUUUAAGGAGACAGAAAGAGGCAGAGAAAGGGGGCUCCAAAAGAUCGAAGAGUGAGGGGUAAGCAACAGAGGGGAAGAUCUGAGCGCUCCACAGCACCUCAGAUAAUCACUGAGUUUGUUUACUAAAAAGGAAAUGGAGUAAAAAUGCAUAAAAAAAGAAACAUGCAUGAUUUUCCCAUGAACCAUUGUUUAACAAGUUUUGAACAUCUUUGUAAAGAGUUGAGGGAGAGGUCGGGGAAAGAUGAGUUGGGAUGGGGGGCAUUCAUAAUGCUGGGUUGGGGUGGUUGGUGGUUGAGCUGUGGAAGCGUGGAGUGGUGGGCUGGGCCAGACUGCCCGUUUAUAGGCGAACUUUAUAUUUUUUACUUAUCCUCAGUCUGAACAAAAGGCCCCUUGGCCAUGCCUAUGAACCCACCCUCACACCACCAUACCACAAGCCCCCCCAACACACGCACCCUAAACUCCCUUAUAAACCCUACUCCUUUCUUUAGUUACUGUAUCUUCUUGAUUUCAUUCUUUAUUCGCAUUAAUACUGUGAACCAUUGCGGUAUGGGAAUUUAGCAGGGAGCAUUUCAGGCCGCAAAAAAGAAAAAACAACAAAAAAAUAAAACAACAAGAAACACGUAAGUUAAUAUAUGUAUUGAUUAUAUAUAAAUAUAUGAACAUAUAUGUUAAUAAAUCAUGACUAGACUUCCCUGACGCAAAAAAUAUCAACAAGGAAAAAAAAAAAAACGACGUAACCUACAAUGAAACUAAACCGAGUCGUCAUGGAAACUAAACCAAGACGGAGGAUUCAUUGUGACUGGCUCACUUGAGGCUUCAGGCUACUCGAUAAACUGGUAUUGGUUAGUGUUAGAUACAUUAUCACAUUCUUUUACAACAACAACAAAAAAAUCUUUCAGCCUUCCGCCGAAGCCCUGGCAGCCAUCUUUGUUCAGGGUCAGCUAGAGGUGAGAAGUUGGCCACUCUUGCUUUUGCCCCGUACAGGGGAGGGGUGAAGAGAGAACUCUGGGUAACGGAUGGCCUCUCUGCAAACUUGAAGAUGACUGUGGACCAUGAAUCGUCACUACUGCCAAAGACACAAAGUAGUGCGUGUGAGAACAUGGCUACGAGUGAGCUGAAGCUAAGUGAAGAAAAGAAAAA